CUGGCAGUGGGAGUGGGGGCCGAGGGAGCUACUUAGCGUGCCUAGGUCAAUUUAGCUUAGCCACACCCAGCCUAGGCUACCUAGCCCAACCAGCCCAGCCCAACCAGCCUUUGCGGGCAAGGCUACCACUCAAGCUCUUGGAGCUCUUCUUGUACCUGUCAACUGCCGACUCCAUCUCAUUCCCAUACACCAUCAGAAGUCUCUCAACACCAUACUCGUUCUGCAUCAUGGAGACUGCAUACAAGACGUGGGGUAAGCUCAUGCUCAUCAUCAUGCUCAUCCUCAUUCCCUACCCUCCACCCUCCACCCUCCACCCCGCUCGUGCCUUUUCUGAACUCUCCACUGACCCAUCUUAUCGAUAACAGAGCUCGACAACAACGUCAAGUUGGUCGAUGAGCAACGCGAUGCUCUGUACACCUACGAUGUAGCCGAGCAAAAGGCCCUGAACGAUGCGAAGCCCUGGAAAUCGGACCCUCAUCAUUUCAAAAAUGUGCGCAUCUCAGCAGUCGCUCUCCUCAAAAUGGUGAUGCAUGCCCGUUCGGGUGGUGACAUUGAAGUCAUGGGAUUGAUGCAGGGCAAACUCUCUGGGGACACUUUUAUUGUCACGGAUGCCUUUAGAUUACCGGUAGAAGGAACCGAGACGAGAGUCAAUGCUCAGGACGAGGCCAACGAAUACAUGGUGGGGUACCUACAAGCGUGUCGAGACCAAGGAAAGCUGGAGAAUGCAGUCGGAUGGUAUCAUAGUCACCCAGGCUACGGAUGUUGGCUCAGUGGUAUUGAUGUCGGCACACAAGCGACGCAGCAGACAUUCAGCGAUCCCUUCCUCGCUGUGGUGAUCGACCCAGAUCGUACCAUCUCCGCCGGAAAGGUCGAGAUUGGAGCCUUCAGAACAUACCCUGAAAACUAUAAGCCCCCAAGCUCUGGAGUGGACGAUGGAUAUCAAACAAUCCCUUUGGCAAAGAUUGAGGAUUUUGGUGCCCAUGCCGAUCGAUAUUACUCAUUAGAGGUGUCCCAUUACAAAAGCUCUCUCGAUACACAUCUCCUGGAAUUGCUCUGGAACAAAUAUUGGGUACAGACUCUCAGUCAAAGUCCAUUGUUCACCAAUCGCGAAUAUAGCAGCAAGCAGAUGCUCGAUAUCAGCUCCAAAGUUCGAGAAGCUGCAUCUUUGGUAUCAAGAGCAGGUAGAGGCCCAACAGGAGCACAAGGUAACAAGGCAGUUGACGAGAAAAUUGAUAAGGCGGUGAAAGAUGGCAACAAGAUUGCGGGGGAAGAGAUGUCUGGUUUAAUGGCGGGAGAAAUCAAGGCUAAGCUCUUCAAUGGUCUUGGUAAAGAGAAUGUGGUUCCGGACACUCCAGUCCAGGACGCUCCGGCUCAUGACACUCCAGCACAGGACGCCACUGUUCAGGAUACUCCAGUUGAGGAUGCUCCAGCCCAAGAAACUGCAGUCCAUGGCACCCCAAUUAAGGAACCACCGGCUCAAGAUGAAGCGAUAAAAUCCUCAACGUGAGGGGAAAUUCAUAGGAAUAGCAAUUCAUAGAAGGGACGGAAUUCAGCAAAACCAAUGAGAUCUUAGCGACUUGGCAGCAUUGCUCGGCGUACAGAUAUGAGAGGCGUUUAGGUGGACGGAAUGAAUUAUGAUGAUGCCAUAGUAGUUAGUCUACAGACGAAACGCAAUGAGAAUUUGUGACUAUUAAA